GCAUUGGCUCAUCAAAAUCACCAAUAUGCCCAUUAGCGGCCUUUCUACUUCGCAACACUUGGAGACAAGAUUCAAGACACAAUGCAAGUCGACCCUUUCCUUAUUUUGCCCACCCCCUCUGUGAGUGAUUAUGAUGUUGACCCAGGAACCAAUAGGGCAGAAACCAUCGCCGGGUCCCCGGGUGAAAUAGUCCAACGUCUCGACAAGGCCCGCGAUGCGAUUGCCGAAAUAUUAAAGGAGAAUCACAUCGUUGGCCUAGCCAGUCACGUCAUAUUCAAGGGCGAAAUCAUAUGGACGGCAAACAUGGGUUACCGCGACAUGGACCAAAAAAAGCCCGUGGAUUCAGACACCAUUUUCCCCAUCGGCGCUCUGAGCCAAGGCUUCACGGCAGCUUGCGUGGCUCAGCAGGUGUACAGAAAGGGGUUGAGCUAUGACAACAAGAUUUCAGACUUUCUUCCCCAAGUAAACAACAGUGAUGCGACAGUCGGCGAUCUUCUCGGCCAUCGCACAGGACUUCAAACGUCUGAUCACUGGCCACACAUAUUCGACGUUGGCGACUUCCCCUGCAAGGUAAACGACAGGACGAUUAUUCCGACAUACAAUAACCUUGGGCCUCGGGCGACUCUGAGAUCUCAAUUCCUACACAAUGGUAUCGGUUACGCCCUUCUUGGGAAGAUUGUCAGUCCAAAUAUGAUGAGCACCACAAAUGAUUUGGCCAAGUACUGCAUCGCCCUCAAUCGGGCAUGGAAACGUCAACGUCACACAAAGGAUGUGGAAAUCCAGACUCUCAGACGCAAGCAAGUAUUUCCAGAUGUAGACUUGCUGUUCAAUCCGCUCCAAGCUAUAGGAACGGGUGAAAAAGCAAAUAAGAGUCACGCUGCUGGCUGGGCGACCUGCACGCUACCCGCUGUCAUUGGAGAUAUUGGAGCCAACCCGGAGCUGAUGAAGACGCAAAUGCCCGAGCUCGGAACGGGCAUCGCCCCGGUCACGUUGAUUUGGAACCAGAGCAGAUAUCACGGCACCCACGGCUUUGUCGGCCUGCUGCCGGGAUACGAAGCCGCGGUGAUAGUGCUGAGCAACACGACGACGGGCGACGACACGCCCGACUGGAUCGGGCAGCUCCUGAUCCAGGCGACUCUGGGCAACCCGUACAAGAACAACUAUGCUUUCCUCGCUGGAAUAAGCGCACGCAACGCGCGCCAAGAGUAUUCUGAGCUCGCUGAAAAAUUACAACAAGGCCGACAAACCAAAGGACCCACGAGGCCUCUGAGCGACUAUUGUGGAGAAUAUGAGAGCGCUGUUUCAGGUGAGAGCAUCACUAUCCGGAAGCAACGAAUAAAGAGCCCCCUCGUAAUGACUAUUUGGGGUGCCAGCCUCGGAGGUAUUCCACUACAUCAUCAUCAUGGAGAUGUCUUUACAUGGUUCCUGUCGUGGAAUCAAAUGGCCGAACAACAAUUUCCCCUCGUCCACGAUGCACAGUUUUACACGAUCCAGUUCCAGCCAAACAAGAGCGGCACACUCAUUGAGUCUCUGAUUUGGGUCAACGAUUCGGCGAAACCUGAGGGAGAAGUCUUUGCGCGCAUUUGACCGCCAAUAGAAGAGUUUUAGAGUAGUUUUGUAGUUUAGAUGGUAGUGAUGACAAUAUU